UGAUUGGUCAAUGGCUGACCGCUGGGGCGUGGAUCAGUAGGCUGUCAGUCUCAUAAAUACUGCGAGUGAGGAGCGAAACCAUCAUCGAACCGGUUCAAUCAGCAGUCAUGAGGUCUUUGGUUUUCCUGGUGCUCCUUGGAGCUGCCUUUGCUUUGGAUGAUGACAAGAUUGUUGGAGGAUAUGAGUGCACGCCCUACUCCCAGCCCUGGACGGUGUCUCUGAACUCUGGCUACCACUUUUGCGGUGGCUCUCUGGUCAGCCAGGAUUGGGUUGUCUCUGCUGCUCACUGCUACAAGUCACGUGUGGAGGUCCGUUUGGGCGAGCACAAUAUCGCAGUUAAUGAGGGUUCUGAGCAGUUCAUCACCUCUCAGAAGGUCAUCCGCCACCCCAGCUAUGACUCCUGGACCAUUGACAGUGACAUCAUGCUGAUCAAGCUUAGCAAGCCCGCUACCCUCAAUCAGUAUGUGCAGCCCGUGUCCCUGCCCAGUGGCUGUGCCGCCGCUGGCACCAUGUGCAGAGUCGCCGGCUGGGGAAACACCAUGAGUUCCACUGCUGAUUCCAACAAGCUUCAGUGUCUGGAGAUCCCCAUCUUGUCUGAGAGUGACUGUAACAAAUCCUACCCUGGCAUGAUCACCAACACCAUGUUCUGUGCUGGAUACCUGGAGGGAGGAAAGGACUCUUGCCAGGGUGACUCUGGUGGUCCUGUGGUGUGCAACGGUGCGCUGCAUGGUAUUGUGUCCUGGGGUUAUGGCUGUGCUGAGAAGAAUCAUCCUGGUGUCUAUGGCAAGGUCUGUUCGUUCAGCCAAUGGAUCGCCGACACCAUGAGCAACAACUAAAGCUGAUCCAAAGUCACAUACAGACUCCAAAUCUACAAUCCAUCAUUUUUUCUUUAUUUUGGAGAUAAAAACUUGUGUGAAAAUAAAAGCAUUUAAAAAUAUCCU